UCUUUCGAGCCGUCUCAGUUGUCGGUGAGGCCGGCGGGGCGGAUCCCACACCAGAGUUAAAGAGAAAAUAAAGCAACACAACAAAAAUUACAACUUGGCCUUUUUAUACAGUUCUCCAUCAAGCUCCCCUGUGGAUUUAUAUAACUGCAAGAUGCCCUCUGCAACAAAUGCAAAUACCCCAGUGCAAUCUGCCAGCCCAGAGGUGGGAUCCGCUCCAGGCUUAAUGGGCAGUUUUGCACAGGGUGGACAGUCAGAAGUCUUGAAGCAGGUGCUGUGCAUUAUUGACAAAAAAGUCCGCAACAUGGAGAAAAAAAAGAGCAAAUUAGAUGAUUACAGUGUCAAGAAGAAUAAAGGAGAAGGUCUGAACCAGGACCAGCUGGAGGCCCUCUCUAAAUACCAGGAAGUAAUGAACAACUUGGAAUUUGCCCGAGAGUUGCAGAAGACUUUUAUUACUCUGGGACAAGAUAUCCAGAAGGUGGUGAAGAAGUCUGCGCGGCGGGAGCAGCUGGUGCGAGAGGAGGCGGAGCAGAGGAGACUCAAGACGGUUCUAGAAGUGCAGUUUAUCUUGGACCGGCUGGGCGACAGCGCUGUGCGGCAGGACCUGAAACAGGGAGUCUGCGGCUCAACUCUGCUGACGGACGAAGACUUGGCAGCUUUUGAUGAGUUCUACAAGUUGGUGGGACCAGAACGUGAUCAAAACGUGAGGUUGACUGACCAGUAUGACGAUGCAUCUGUGCACCUCUGGGACCUACUGGAAGGAAAGGACAAAGCUGUCGUUGGAACAACGUACAAAGCACUAAAGGAGACCUUGGACCAGGUUCUGCUGAGCGGCUAUUUUGACAGAAUACCAUCCCACCAAAAUGGACUGUGUGAGGAAGAGGAGGAGGAAGAGGAGGUGUUGGAGGAAGAGCCAGUCACAAACACAACCGCAGUGACUGGAACUGAGGUUUCAGAAGCAGAAGAACAGAUCGUCGUUGAAGAAGCUGAAGUCAUUGAGGAGUUUACAGAGCCCCUCGAAGUGGAAACGGCAGAGUUUGUAAACAGACAGUUCAUUAUAGACGGGGCUUACAGUGGAAGUGAAAAGGAGCAGGGGGGUGAAUGGACCAGGGAAACAGAGGUUGUUGGUGCUUUGCAGCAGCAGCAGCCGCCCUUACAGCCUGCAGUCCCCCCCGGCUCUCUUGAAACCCACCCCAUAGACUUAUCGUCUCCCGUUCCACCCAGUGACCCCAUGGUCCGGAAGCAGGUCGUGCAGGACCUCAUGGCACAAAUGCAAGGACCUUACAACUUCAUGCAGGACUCCAUGUUGGAGUAUGAUGGACAGCCCAUUGACCCGGCUAUUGUGUCAGCGCAGCCUAUGAAGCCCGCUCAGAACAUGGAAGCUCCACAGAUGGUUUGUCCUCCAGUUCAUCCUGAAUCCCGGCUAUCACAAUCAAACUCUGUUCCUGUACAACCUGAACCCACGCAAGUGCCCAUCGUCUCUCCAACCCCCCCACCCAUGUAUCAGAGCUCACACGCCCAAGAGCCUCGACUCUCACCUGAGGUCAUCGACCCCAUCCAGACUUCCAUGUCGUUGUCGACAGAGCAGCCCCCCCCCUCCACGGCUCUCGCCCCUGCCUCCCAGGCGCAGGGAUUCCCGGCUGUUUCCAAGCCUCCCCACAGCAGCGGCAUCAAUGUGAAUGCGGCUCCAUUCCAGUCGAUGCAAACCGUGUUCAACCUCAAUGCUCCGGUCCCACCAGCCAAUGAGGCAGAAGCUCUGAACCACGCUAACCAGUACCAGAACAGUUACAACCAGGCCUUCAGCAGUCAGCCGCAGCAUCCGGCAGAGCCGGCAGAGAUGCCGUCAGAACAACUUCAGUCCGCAGUUGGUGCCUUUCAUUCCCAAGAUCCGUCUGCAGGUCAUCAGCAGCCGGUGCAGCAGGGUCCAGGCUUUGGACGGCAGACUCAGUCCUUCUACAACAGCAGAGGCAUGCCGCGAGGUGGACCACGCAACGCCAGGGGUCUGAUCAACGGCUACAGAGGCUCUUCCAAUGGAUUUAGGGGUGGUUAUGACGGUUAUCGCCCCCCUUUUAACAACAGUCCAAACUCUGGAUACGGACAGACUCAGUUCAGCACACCGCGAGAUUACUCAAACGGAAAUUAUCAGAGGGACGGUUACCAACAGAACUAUAAGCGAGGGACCGGCCAGGGACCCAGAGGAAUGUCAAGAGGCAGCACUCAAGCUAUGAGAUCCUGAGAUGGCCUUCCUCAAUGACUGACUGAAUAAUUUGCACCACACUGAAAACUAAAAUUCAAGAAAUGCAUCGACCCUGGCUCACUUUUGGUGUUUUUUUAUCGUACAUCAUCAGUGGCAUUUCCCCCUUUUCUUUUAUAAAUCAAAGGAAUGUCUUCUUUGAUAUUUGGGAAAAAACAUGCAGACUUUAAAACACAUGGCCGAUUGUAGAUCUGGUAUUUGAUUUUACAAAAGCCACGUGGUUUAGAGUCCCUGAAAACCCUGACGGAUUUUAUGAAUGAUUUUAUUUCACCUGCUACUGCUGGUCCAAAUGAUGGGAGCUGUUCCCGUAUCUCAGUUUUGUCAUUUUGGUUAAAAAGUCGAAUCACUUUUUUUCCAAGAACUCUCAUUUCCUCGUUUGUAAAUUGAUGUUGCUUCAAGAGUUUCAAUAAAGUUGUGUUGCAUACUCUU